AUGAAGACGACAUAUGAAGGCUUAUACUACUUCAGGAUCGAGAACGGGCCUUUCAGGAGAAAUGCUAUUUGUGAUCCUCUUCACAUAACAGUCAAAGAUUCUCCCCCGAGCCCCAAACUAAUCAUCUCAGGAGAUCUGAAGGAGAAGGAGUCUGUCACUAUAACCUGCUCAGCUUCCACUCCCUGUCCACUCUCCCCUCCUAAACUCACCUGGAAUCUCAAACAAGACUCUCUCAACAACAUGGAGGAAAACCCAGAUAAAACCUUCACGACUAAAAUCCAGGAGCAGAUCACUCUGACGGACAAACAUGAUGGAUACAACAUCACCUGUUCUGCCACAUAUCCUGUGAAUGAAGGAAAAGAAGUCAAGACAGCAGAGACACAGACUCUCAGAGUUUCAUGUAAGACAACCAGAGAUUGUUAUUGGAUCCUUUCAGAAUAUUCUCCUAAAAACACCUCAGUGUCCAUCAGUCCAUCAGGUUUGGUGUCAGCAGAUAUUCAUGUAAACCUGACCUGCUCCAGCAGAGCCAAUCCUCCUGUCAGCAACUUCACCUGGUUCAAGAUCAGCAGAGAUAGACCCAUGAUCGUAUCUGAAGGAGAGUUUUACAGCUUUAAUGCCACAGAGGGAGGAGUUUAUUACUGUGUGGCCAUCAAUGAUCUCGGUAAUCAGACAUCACCACAGAUCAAUCUGAGUGUUGCAGAAAAUCUGAUUUCCGAUCUGUUAGGGGUUGAUGUCCACAUUACAUUGAAGAUCCUGGGAAUCGUGCUGCUCUACAGUUCAGUCAUCAUCUUUGAGUGCUGGUUAAAGUCAAGAUGCUUCAACAAACAGGUGAAGGUGAUGGGUGUUACUGCAGUCCUGUCAGUGAACAUGGUAACAGCCAUCAUGUUACUGACUGUCUUCUCUCUUUCAGAAGCGUCGGAUGAAUGUUGGACUACAAGGUCAGCGCUCUUCAUCACGACACCAAAGAAGAUGGAAGCACUGAGUGGAACUUGUCUGAAAAUCCCAUGUAGCUUUAGUGUUAAAAAUGAAAGAGAGUUUGACAACAGAAGAGAAACAUUUGGAAUAUGGCUUAAAGAAGACAAAGAGACUUAUCCAAAGAAUGUGGUUUUUAACAGUAGUGGCACAGUGAACAAAUUUCAAAUGAACAUAACUGGAAACUUGAGAAUGAAAAACUGCACCACUCUGAUUUACAACAUGAAGACGACAUAUGAAGACUUAUACUACUUCAGAAUCGAGAACGGGCCUUUCAUGGCAAAUGCUAUUUGUGAUCCUCUUCACAUAACAGUCAAAGAUUCUCCUCCGAGCCCCAAACUAAACAUCUCAGGAGAUCUGAAGGAGAAGGAGUCUGUCACUAUAACCUGCUCAGCUUCCACUCCCUGUCCACUCUUCCCUCCUAAACUCACCUGGAAUAUCAAACAAGACUCUCUCAACAUGGAGGAAAACCCAGAUAAAACCUUCACGACAAAAAUCCAGGAGCAGAUCACUCUGACGGACAAACAUGAUGGAUACAACAUCACCUGUUCUGCCACAUAUCCUGUGAAUGAAGGAAAAGAAGUCAAGACAGCAGAGACACAGACUCUCAGAGUUUCAUGUAAGACAACCAGAGAUUGUUAUUGGAUCCUGUCAGAAUGUGAUGAUUUUAAAGAUAGCCAAUCCUCCUGUCAGCAGCUUCACCUGGUUCAAGAUCAGCAGAGAUAG